AUGGUCGUCCAGGUCGAGGACGCGAUCGUUGCUGUCGCUGCGCCUUCGCCAGGACCGCGAGCGACUCGGCUCAUGUGCCAGGCCGAGAUCGAGUCCAUCCGGUACUUGGUGUACGCUACCGCGUCUCUCCUCGUUGUUAUGAUGGAAACUCCUUCUGAUGUAACCUCGUCAACCUCUGCAGUGGAUGAACCGAAGCGACGUGCGUCCAAGUUUGAGCUGUGGCAGGUCUGGAAUGCUCAAGAACCGAUUCGGUGCGUGCGAUUCAGCCCCAGUACAAGAACGGCGCGUGGAGCUCUCGCCCUGUGUAUCGAAGGGGGCCGUGGCGUGCUGCUGGUGCCCACGAGCGCCACGUCUAGCCGGGCAGCGGCUGCAGCAGAACGCUCUGGAGCUCAAUAUAUGAGCGAAAAAGAUAUGAGGUUGCCUUUGAGGGUCGGUUGCGGUGUCAAGAGACCUCGAUGUGACUACGUGAGGACUCAUUUGCAUCUCCACUUGCCUCGAUGGGUGGAAUCUGUGCGUUGGGAGUGCGAAGACCAGCUGGUAAAUCAUUUGGAGUGGGUGGAAAACGAAGAUGAUCUGUUGUUGCUUGGGUAUGGAGACAAGUUGUCGAUAUGGAAGCUGGUGGAUGACUCGGUGCAAGUGCACCUGCAACGCACAGUGAAAUUGUCGGGUGAUGGAGAAGUGCCGGUUGUACCGGCGUGUCACUUUGAUGUGGCGUCAAGUGGUCGGUAUGUGGCAACGGCAGGCAAACAUGAUCGGAUUGUCAAAGUGUGGGAUGUAGAAAAUUUGUCAACACAUGAUAGCACGCCGGUAGUGCUGUUUCUGGCACAUACCCGUGCUCUGGUGUGCUUGAUGUGGUCGAAGGAUGUGAACGUGUAUAAGAGGCGGUCAAAUGUAUCAACCACUCAGGGCGCUCGCGAGAUGCUAUUUACUCUUGAUCGAGCUGGAAAUGUGUCGAUCUGGAGAGAGAUUUUUAGUCCUCUGCGGUCGUUCGUGUUGUGGCAGCAAUUUUCUGUCGCAGACUUCUGCUGCUCUUCCUUUGAUGGCGAUGAUGCCCAACUGGAUUGCCGCAUCCGAGAGUUUGGUUUGGUCAAUCAUACUCGGGCUCAAGAAGGGUCAAAACCUGUGUCGUCGAUGAAAGAAGCAUUGUUGAGCGAAGGUGCCGUUAUGGAUGCUCUCUGUCUUUUCCAUUAUGGAUGUGGAUCGUUGAACGAAGCGCGCCAAUAUGAACCAGGCAGUCAGCGUAAGAGCAGCAUCGAUCAGAUCAGUAGCAAGCUCCUUAAUGAUCGCAGAGGUGCCAUAGCAGAUACUCACGUGGGGGAAGCGUCUAUCUGCGGAAACGUAGCACUUGGGCAAACUUUUUCUGUUCAUUUACUCUACGCCAUUCUCAGCAGUGGUGUACUUUGCAUGUUUCGUGAGGUGUCAGUUCCGUUUACGAGUGUUUCACCCAAGUUGUCCCUUCUCCUGAGCUACAAUGGCCUCCAGGAGCAACUCAUUGAUGGACACGUGUAUUGUGUCAGCUCAUCUGAUUACCAAGAGCACGAAAGCGGUUUGACCGUAUUUUUCGUCGAAGUAUUGUUCCAGCGGAAAGUGGCUGACAGCCAAUUGUAUCGUGCGCGGUUAAUGCUUCAACCCAGUAGCUUCUCUGCAGGAACAUGCACGGAGUCUGCGUCCUAUAACGUUCGAACCUGUGAAGUCUCAGUCAUAUGCAGUAGCAUGAUGAGUGCCACGAAGAACACAAACGGUCAGGAUGCGAUUCUUUCGAUUGUAAAUCUGACACCAAGAUGUCAACCGGUUCCGGAAAAUUGCUCGGGUGGACCUGAUAUGAUUGCUAUCACAAAUUGUGGCAAGCGCUUACAUGCUUUUCGGGCUAGCCGAUCGUUGCAUAAACUUGAAAGCGCCUGUCGCGCAGAAGUGGAAAAUGGGACUGUUGCCCCUGUGACACACACUGCAUCGUAUGAUAAGCAAGGAGUGCUAUAUUUGUUUGCAGGGGGUAGGUUGCAUGUCGCAAUUGUGGCACCUACCGGCGUACAUUCGGUCAAAGGUGUUACAGAAGACAUGUUACCGAAAUCGUCUGUACUUUGCAGACAAACCAUGCUUCUUGUUGCAGGGCGUGAUGCACUGACAGUAUGUUAUGCAGAUGAAAGCAACGAAUUUGAGGUGCUGAAUGAACUGAUAUCUGUAACAAUUCCAGCAUCUGUCAAGGCUAAGUGGUCAAGCUCUUCCAUGGCAUCAACGGAUCCAGCAGCGAUUGAUACAAGUGAAAUCAAAAAGGAUUUCAGUAUGGUGGUUGGAUUGCACAAAGAUGGAAGAAAGAUGACUGUCUGGGUUUUUUCGUUCGAGACGACAACCACGGACUCGCUUUUUCCUUCUGUCCAGCUGCUUCGUAAAUCGACGGUUGCAUUUCCCGGAGCAAGGGUACUGGGUAUCGCCUGUGUUCCGCUGUUGAAUACAUUCGAGGUUACAUUUGCCUGUUUCGACACAGAUGCGCAACUAACACUAUGGACAUUUGCGGACCUCGAUAAUUUGCUCGAAGUGGAGUUUGCGCAUCGGGUCAACGUCGGCGACUUGAUGAAAGUGUUCAGUCAUGCGCAAAAUUCGCACGUGCCUUUUCACUUUACUGACGAACGAUCUCCGUUCAAGCACUUCAGCUUCAGCUCGUGUGGACGCGUGGCCAUACUGUUUGAAGGCAGCAAAGGUGGUGGCCAAAUCUGUUUUUUGUCUACGAUCGACGACAUAUUGCAAGGAGUCGUUGAGCUUCCGUACGAAGAGUUUGGUCAGGUGCUGUCGUUGGAGUGGACUCCGCCUAUAACGGCAGAGCAAGUUUGUCAUCUCCUGUUCGUAUCAACCACAGCUAUCGGUGUGCUGAAGUUUGGAUCUUCUCUGCCGACGACAAUAAACAAAUGGAGCGUUGCUUGGUCGUCCAGUCGAUUUAGCGUGAGACCUGGGAAAGCAUCUUCGCUCGCGAAUUAUCCCCACGCGCUGCUCCGUAUAGAAUCCGGUUUGGCGCGCUUGAACAUUGGUCACAUAAGUGGACUUGGAUCAUCGCCAGUCCAAUCACUGUCAGACUUUCCUCGCAACCAAGCACAUUAUUCCCAACCGCAGACGAAGGUAUUUCCCGCGCAUCACCCGAUAACACUGAUGUACUUACUAGCUCGAGGGUCGUUCGAGACUUUAGGGAAGGUCCUUGAGCACGUAAAGAUGAAAGUCCUAGAGCAUGAAGAGAUGUGCUAUUUGCAAAUGACAGACGACACGAUGUUACAAAGUCUGCCUUUGUUAUCAUUGUGCCAGCUACUUGGAAAUUCUACCAAAGACAAUUGUGAUGAGCGGUCAGAUACUUAUUUGAGAGGAAAAGGAAGUCAAGGCACGGAGAAUGUCAGUCAUUUCGAAGCUUCCGCUGGUCCUGCUAGGGCAAGCGAUCUAUUUGCUAUAAGCCGUGAAGCUCGUCGCCGGUAUGACGCCGGCAGAAGUGGUGCUGAUUGUGCAGACAGGCUGUUUAUGCCUCCGCUUUCUGCACACGACUCUAUAGAAAAUCCGCCGACUGCGGAAGUCAAGUCGGUACUGGAUAUUGACGCAUUUUCUAAGUUUUUCGACAAGCAUAGAUGUUCAUUGACAUUCAUGACGACCGAAGAAUCGGACAUUUUUCUGACGAUCGUUGCUGGUGUCAAGAAAAUCUUAUGCUGGGAACGUGACAGUAGCCGUCAAAAAGACGAAGCUGCCCUUCGUUUUCAAGCUAGCUUGCUUUGGCAAGCACAUCCACUGUCUAGCAUUCAACGAGCUGCAGACGUCUCGGAUGUGGCGAAGCAACAGGCAGCCAACGACAGCACAACGCCAAUGUCCAGCCACCAGGAAAUAGGUGGAUUGUGCUCUGAGCAAAUAGCUUGGGGAGCGCUUAGCGAGUUCCAGCCAGAGUUACUCCGGGAAUGCUUUCCUGAGGAGACGAUAAGCUGGAAAGAGAUGAGACGUCUCCGGCUACCCUUUUGGUUGAAGAGUACAACAAAGCUGAUCCAGCUUUUGGAGAAAGCGGCACAAGUCGAGUAUGCAACAAACCGAAACCCGUUCGCAGUUGCCGUUUUUUACGUGCUUUUGGGAAAGACAAGACUUCUGGCAAGUCUGUUUAAAAUGGCUAAUGAGUCGCGCAUUUCUGAUCUUCUGGGUAACAAUUUUUCCGACGUGCGGUGGAAGAACGCAGCAAUAAAGAACGCUUAUGUGUUGAAGGGUAAACAGCGAUACGAGCUUUCUGCUGCAUUUUUCCUUCUCGGUGGCAAAGUCACUGAAGCGGUAUCGGUUGCUAAGAAAUCAGACACGACGCUCGUAUUAUCGUUCCUCAUUGCUCGAGUGUCCGAAAAAUGGGAAUUCGGUCACGACAGGUCUGGUGUCGCUGACUUAUCACAGACUUCUUACACGGGCAUGGUUACUGCUGGUCAUGGACUUGGUGGUCCCUUCAGAACAGGCUCGGUCUUGACGACGGCUGCCGACUCGUCAGAAUCGAAAAAUGUCUCGGUUGGCUUUCUCCGCACCACAGUGUAUGAAAGGGCACUCCAAUGUGGAGACGUGUACAUGUGUUUCCUCGUGAAGUACUUGCUCGGAGAAACCAGCAGUGCCAUUGAUGUCCUGGUUGCAUCACCUGGUGUCGACAUGCGCAGUAUGUUUGGUGACUGUGCAAACUCGUGUAUCCGGACCAGUAUGUAUUGGUCAGCGUUUGGGAAAAGUCUUCUUAGUGCAUGUGACCUCAUUCGCUUUCUUCGAAAAGCAAUUGCGCCAAUGACGCUGGCGUUAAAAGAACGAGUCCUAAGAUUGAACGUGAUAGCAAUGGUUCGUUCGCAAGAUGCGGGUCUUGGACUCGCUUCAUUACUCCACCAGCGCGAUACCGCUCCCUUCGUCCAGGAAUUUUGUCGUGAGCGUGCUCCGAGCUCAGGUGUAGCAACAUUUCUUGGUUACCGUGAACGCAUUCUGAUUGCCGCUCUCGGGGGCCAGGUCGAUCAUUUGUACGCCGCCUUUCUGAAGCUGAUACACGAGGCGGCAACAGUGUCUGCUUCGUCAGCGUCUGGAACACCGUUUGACUUCGUGGAUCGACUGAAUGAAGAGAUCCGAUGUAUUAUACACCGUGCGGGUGAUUACGAUUUACCUGGAGUGCCGGAAACGAGCAAGAAGCAUUUGCUGUACAGGGUACGAGCCGCGGUAGUAGAGAUGUUGGUUCACUCCGAUCGUCUUGCUGCCUUGGACUUUUUAAUGUCGAGGUGGAGCCAGUCAGAAGGAUCGGUGCCAGAGUUUGCAAGUACCAGACCGGUUCUGGAUUUAGUCGUAGUCGUAGUGGAAGGCCUUGCAACGGUAGCGUCGGGGGACCUUUUGUCAACUAGCAGUGAUUGUUCGCGCACCCGAAAAGUGGACCAAACCUGCUUCGAUUUGUUAGCCGUGGCAACGCAACUCCUGCUUUGGUUACAGUACUAUUUGUUGAAGCACCUGGAGCAAAGAACGCCGCAAGCGAACCGCGACUUUGUAGGCCUAGCAGUUGCAGCAGUUCACAGUGUCAUUGCCGUGUGCUGUCGCUACGUGAAGAAUCCCUGUUGUCUUCAUCGUGCGCUCGGCCUUAUCUUUUCGCACGGAGCCGGGUUGUCUCACGAGUCGAAACAAGCGCUUGAUGGUAUAACCGGGGGUGACGUCUGUGUAAGAUGUGCCUCUAUACACUGUUCGUCGACAGCUCAGGUAAAAGUGUCAGGCAUGUCUUCGCUUUUCGAGCAAGACAUUCCAGCGCUGUACCAGGUCGUACGUGAACUAAGUUUAGAGCUGGAUGAGUUCGUGGCAGCUGUGAAGUCGCGCAGGUUGCACCACUCCAUACCUUUACGUGGAUUACCGGCACAUUUCUCGUACUGUCCGUAUUGGGAACUGGUUAUGAUGAUGGUGGCUGGUGAUAUGCCCACUCACCUGUCAAAAAUUACUGAAAAGGGUGUAACUCCCACCACGGAGUUGUCGAGCAAACUCGUCGAAGCUUGGGAGAGUUAUAGCAACCGUCUCGCUCGUUUUGCGUUGAGGCAUGUGCUGUGUGAUCUGGCUAAAUUGUUUUACGGCCCUUUCCCGAAUUCAGACCCUGCCGCAAGUCCAAGCGCAAGUUCUAGAGAGUCACCACAGGAAUCUUCUUCACCAGCGCGAAGUAGUUCCCCUGGUACUCCCCGUGCAUUUUUUUCGGAUGCGCCUGAAUUUACUGCGUUACCACAUGACUUUGGACGCCAGUUGCUUAAAUGUGAAUGCGAACGUUGCCCAUGGCUUCUGCUCGUGGAACUGUUUACGGACAGGGAUGAGUUUCUGCAUCGCCUUUACGCGAGAAUGGACUACUGCUGUGAGAAGAUCGAUGGGGAAGUUCGCUGGGGACGACUACCCGAGCCUGUUUCACAGAAAUCUGCAUCCAUGCGCUAUCAGCAGCCAGUUCCGUCAGGCGGUGAGGAAAAUGCCGUACUUUUGCCGCGCGACACGAACCGAACCGAGCAAGUCAAACGGCGUACGACAUCAGCAUGUACAGCUACUGGUGUGCGUGUGCAAUGUGUGUACCGUAGCGAGAACGCCAUUAAAGCGAUGUGUAUCAAUCGUGCCGCCAGCGACGAUGCUGAAAUAAGCGUAUGUGGUAAGAAGGGUAUUCUCCGCGCCAGUUACAUGGACCAUGGUGACGGCAAUAGGUUCCAGUCCAAGGGGAUGCACGCGUGCCCACACAACUCGUUGCGCUUCGAAUCUGAAUCGAACCUGGCAUCGCCUCCGAAGAGCAGGCAUGUUGCGGACACAAUGCAGAGCAGCAACUUUGGGAGUAGUAUCCGUCAAAAGCUGUCUCCAUCUAGCAGCUUGACUGCUUAUGGCAACAGCUCGCCCUCCUCUCUUCGGAACCCGAUACCUGCAUCCCCGUCCGAGCCAAAGUUGGUGAGCUUCAAGCCAACGGCCUUAGCUUCCCAUCCGUUCUUGCCGCUCUUUGUAUCCGGAAACCACAAAGGGCACGUGCAUUUGUGGUCCUAUGAUCGGCUCAGUGCACUCUGCGCUUUUCAAACGAAGGACGUCGUGGCGCCAUACCCAACCGGUCCGUCGAUGUUGUCCAGCCGGCGAAACAUCAAGGCACUCGAAUUCGAUGGCCUCGGUCAGCAGCUCGGCGCUGUGGAUGCCCCGGGGCGUCUGUUUCUAUGGAAGUUUUCUGAGUGGGAUCGAGUGCCGUAUUACCGCGAGAUUAUGUGUCAUGAUAAGGGGGCUAAAGGGCUUGCAUUCCUCAACUCGAGCAGCACCAUUGCUACCGUGGGACUAUCGUCAGAGAAGAGAAAUUUGUGCGUGUGGGAUACACUCCUGCCUGCUUCAAAAGCUGUCGUGGCAGCUCCAUCGUGCCACCCAGCAGGUGCCACAUCCGUCAUAUUUUCAUCGACCCACCAGUUACUGGUUACGGGUGGCGCGGGUGGUGCACUGAGCAUUUUCGACAUGAGACAGCGACGCGUCUUGUACACAAUCUCGAAAGCGCAUGAGACUUCAAUACAGACACUGGUGUUGCACCCGAGUGGCGACUGCAUGCUAUCUGGAUCUGCUGGUGGCGACAUCAAGAUUUGGUCUCUGCCUCUUUUCCGACAAGUUGUUUUUUUGAGCAAAGUGCAUGUCAAGCCCUCCUUUUUGGGUGACGCUGCAACAAAUUUGCUGGGCGAUGCCGCGUCAAACGUGGCGAUUAAUGUGACGAACUCCUCAUGGGGGGUGACGGACUCCUUUGCCACGGAAGACGUAUUCUUUACAAGCGGCACAGACGGUUCAGUCCAGCGUCUCAUAUUGCCGUCGCUAUCACGACUUUGA